CCGCAGCAACAAUACUUUCAAGCAUCUCCUACAUUGCCACCACAAGCACCUUCGGAUCCUGACGGUUUUGCCGCAAUGUAUCACGGCCAGCUCUCUCAGCUUACUUUCAACUCAAAGCCUAUCAUCACCGGGCUCACGAUCUUGGCGCACGAGCACGCGGGUGACAUGGCCAACGUCAUCGCGCAGGUCCUCGAUGAACACAUUUCAGCGGCGCGGCCUGAGCAUCGCUUGCCGGCUUUGUACUUGCUCGAUUCCAUUUCCAAGAACGUUGGUGCACCGUACACAACGAUGUGGUCUGAGCGUAUUUCGGCCUUGUAUCUCGAAACAUAUCGAAUCGUCGACCAGCCAACGAAGAUGCGGAUGGAAGAGCUGCUUGCUACGUGGAGGAACAGCGGACCGGGUAAAUCACAAUUGUUUGGACCAAACGCGCAAUGGGAGAUUGAGAGGACACUGUUCGGCAAUCAAGGACCUCCGCAGACGAGCAAGGCAAAUGCAAUGGGCUCGGUCUCUGGCUAUCGGUCGCCGAUGGUAGUCCAGAAUAAACAGCGCGGUCUAGAGUUGAUCGAUCGUUUGCUGGCUCUAGGUACCCAGCUGCAGUAUCGAAAUCCUGCCGCUCACGAUCAGAAUCGUAUGACUGCUCUGAGACAGUUGAAAAGCGUGCUUCAGAGUAGCAAUUUGACGCGGGAAGAGUUGGGUCAGAUCACGGCUCAAUUGGAAGCUUUGAGCGCUCAAAGCUCCAACUUUGCAGAGACGUUGGCAAAUUUGGGCAGGUUGGGUCCGCUCGGUGGCGCCACUCCUCCUCACCAACCCUAUAGUGGUACCGGACCUGCUGCUGUGCCUGCACCUGCAGCAGCUGCUGCGCAACCUAGCGAUCUGAUACGAAGUUUGAUGCAGGCCGGUCUGAUCAAGAGUGGACUUUCGGCUACGGCGACCCCGCCUCAUGUCAUCUCGACACCACCCCACGCGGGUGGAAACGACGCUUCACUGACAGCGUCAGCUACCGCAGCAGCCAAAGCGCGAGCUCAGGACUCGGACUACGAAUCUGCUGUGCUUUCUCUGUCCAUCAACUUGAGUGGACCUGCUUUACAAAAGGAGCCGAACAGCUUGUCCGUCGAGAUUAUGACGAGCAACAAGUUCUUGCCUCUGCAAUGUAGACAAUGCUCGAACAGAUAUCCUGCAGGUGAAGCGGGUCAGAAGAGUAUGGACGAGCACCUAGAUUGGCAUUUCAGGCACAACCGUCGGGCCAAAGAGAUGGCAGCUCGAGGUCAAGGUCAAAGCAGAUCCUGGCUGAGUCGAAUCGGACACUGGAUCAGAGGCGGAUUCGACGAUUCUCCCCCUACGAAGACGGAGGCGGGCGAGGAGAGCGCCAGAAGCGGAGGACUGACGCCCGCUCAGCAAGCCGAAUUGAGAGCUGCGGCCAAGAGCUUUGUUGUGGCGCCAAGCGAUGAUCCUAGCGCUGCUACCAGGCCCUGUCCUAUCUGCAAAGAGCUUUUUAAGAGCGAGUGGAACGAAGACGAAGAGGAGUGGAUCUGGAAGGAUGCUACGAAGGUCGAUGCCGUUGUGAGUAUCUACUAUCACGCCACUUGUCGAUACUCCGCCAAAGCCCUAUCUAACACAGUAGGUGCCCGAGGUGCUUCGCCUCAAGCGGGCAGUAACAUCAAGAGCCCUACAGAUUCUAGGGAUGCCACUCCAGAGAUG